AAUAAUGUUGAAAUUCUUUGCUAUGUUAAGCUGCCUGGCCGUCGAAUGUUAAUUAAAUGGUGUCUUAUUACGAUUUAAAUUCCCUGUUUUCAGUCACUAAUUUAUCGGUUUGGGUUUUGUUGUUUUAAUUUUAAAUUGAAUGAAAUCUAUGAUUCGAAAUUUGGCAGUUUGCUAACUAUUACUUCUAUAGAAAAGAAAAGGUAAAAACUUAGAUCAUGCCCCCAAGAAACGUCGAAUUCUCUCCUGAUUCGGAGGUGCCGGUUAAGCAGGUUGUCGGUGAAGGUGAUCAAGUUGUGAUUGAGAAGCCGGCCCCAACGAUAAUCGUCUGGAGAAACGUCGUCUGGUUUGCCGUGCUGCAUCUGCUGGCUCUCUACGGGCUGUAUUUGUUGCCACAGUGUAAAUUUUACACUAUCCCAUAGGAUUGUACUACAUGAGUGCGUUUGGCAUAACGGUUGGCGCCCAUAGGCUGUGGAGCCACAAGGCUUACAAGGCCAAGUUGCCGUUGAGGAUUUUUCUCGGGAUUUGUAAUUCUAUGGCUUUUCAGAACGACAUAAUCGAGUGGUCGCGAGAUCACAGACUGCACCACAAAUUCAGUGAGACCGACGCCGACCCGCACAAUGCCAAGAGGGGUUUCUUUUUCUCCCACUGCGGCUGGCUCAUGUGCAGGAAGCACCCCGACGUUAAGGAGAAGGGCAAGGAUCUUGACCUCUCUGACCUCUUUGCUGACCCCGUCUGCGUUUUCCAGAGGAGGUACUACCUUCUGUCGGUACUGCUGCUGUGUGUCAUCAUCCCGACCGCGGUGCCCUGGUACUACUGGGGCGAGUCCCUCUGGACCAGCUACGUCGUCUGCGCCAUCUUCCGCUACGUUGCCGUCCUGAAUUUCACCUGGUGCGUCAACAGUGUGGCCCAUCUCUGGGGCAACAAGCCGUACGACCGCCGCAUAAACCCCGUGGAAAAUAUCGUCGUCACGCUGGGUGCGGCCGGCGAGGGCUACCACAACUACCACCACGUUUUCCCGUCUGAUUAUGCGGCCAGUGAGCACGGUUGGACCAUCAACCCCAGCACGGUUUUCAUCGACUUUAUGGCCGUUUUGGGGCAAGUUUACGACAGGAAGGUCAUGGAUAGGGAGGUUAUCGAGCGCCGGAAGGCCAAAACUGGUGAUGGCUCGAAGUGGUUUAAUUUGUUUUGAAACUUUGUUUGGUCUUUGGGUAUUUAUUCUUUGCUCUUUUUUCAAAAGUUAUCAUUCGAGAAGUUGAUUGACGGACGUGUGUAUGUGCGUGCUUGCGUGUGUGUAGUAGUAGUAGUAGUAGUAGUAGUAGUGGUAGUAGUAGUAGUAGUAGUGGUAGUAGUAGUAGUGGUUGUGCGAACUCAAACUGGAUCCAUAUAAUAAAUUAAUAUAUAUAUAUAUAUAUGUAAGGUAAUAUAUAUUUACAUGUAUGCGUGUACGAGUUAAUGACUUUAAACUUUAUUAAUCAACUUGUUAAUGCAAUUAACUCUAAUGUAAUAACUUUUUAAUGUUGUAGUUAUGGUUUUCUUCUUUUCAAUAAAAUAAAUGUUAUGGUU